GUGCCACAAGCUUUGAAUUUUGAAGGGUCGACUCGAAGAAGACAAACCAACAACGCCAACAUGAGCUACGGUGGUUAUGGCUCCUCGAGCUAUGGCAGCUCUUCGUCAAGCAGCUUUGGCGGUUCUUCGGGUGGCAGCUAUGGCAAUGAUGACUUUGGUGGCCCAAGCGGUGCUAGCCAAGGUUUGACCCCCCAGCAGCGCUCCCAGGUCAUGCAGCAGGUGUCCCAGCAGGUGCAAAUGUCUCAGUUCUCCGAAAUCCUGCAGAAAAUGUCUCACACUUGCUUUGAGAAGUGCGUGCCCAAGCCAGGCACUUCCCUCAGCAGCUCGGAAUCGGGAUGCAUCACCAAGUGUGCCGACCGAUUCUUGGAGUCGCUCAACGUGGUGUCGCAAACCUAUGUCCAGCGCCUUCAGUCUGCCUUUGUCCAUGACAUGAAGACACCACACCAUUCAAACCAGUACAAGCGGUAUUUGUUAUUCCUCAGACCUGCUCCCCCUUUUUGGAACUCGCACACACACACUUCAUCAUCAUUAUCAUCAGCAGCAUCACACAGCAUGGUCCUCGGCACUCCAUGUGAGACAACAAGACAGAAAUACAGAGAGCAGGACUUUGAAGAGAGAGGAGAGAGGAGAGAGGAGAGAGGAGAGGAGAGAGACAGGAGAGAGGAGAGGAGAGAGUGGAGAGAGUGGAGAGAGUGGAGAGGAGAGGAGAGAGUGGAGAGAGUGGAGAGAGGAGGAGAGAUACAGAGAAAGAAGUCCGAUCGAGAGAGACAAACACUCAAAAACAGAGAGAGAGAGAGAGAAUUCAAGAGAGAGUGCGAGAGAGAGAGAGAGAGAGAGAGAGAGUUCGAGAGAGAGAGACUGGACCGCACACCAGUCUUUGGCUUGGACGAUGCCCCACUGCCUAAUGCUUCGCGAACUCGUGUCGAUGCCUUGAUGGAACAAUUCAAUGGUCACUUUGGUGCCAAUCCGCAGUUUAUCACCCGAGCCCCGGGGCGCGUCAAUCUGAUUGGUGAACACAUUGACUACAGUGGCUAUGCCGUUCUUCCGAUGGCCAUUGAACAAGACUUUUUGAUUGCUGCCACUGUCAACGAUAGCAAUACACUGCGCAUUGUCAAUGUUAAUGACAACUAUGAAGCACGUGAAAUGGAAGCCUGGCCCGUGACCAUUGAUGAUUCAAAGCACGACUGGAUCAAUUACUUUCUAGCCGGAUAUCGCGGUUUGCUGGAGCACGCCAAGGCCAAGCCCACAGGCCUCGAUGUCAUGGUCGACGGCUCGGUGCCCCCGGGCUCGGGGCUCAGCAGCAGCAGCGCCUUUGUUGUGGCUGCUGCAUUGACUGCGGCCCGUGCCGUGGGCGUGGCGUAUGACCUAUCGGAUAUGGCGUCAAUCUGCGCCAAGGCCGAACACUACGUGGGCACCGAGGGUGGCGGUAUGGAUCAAAGCAUCUCGCUCAUGGCUGAAAAGGGAACUGCCAAGCUCAUCGAGUUUGAUCCCAUCCAAGCCAGCGACGCCCCUUUACCCAAGGGCGGGGUCUUUGUCAUCAGCAAUAGCUGUGUGGAAGCCAACAAAUACGUCUCUGCCGGCUCUUGCUACAACAAGCGGGUGGUGGAGUGCCGCGCCGCUGCCAUGGUCUUGGCCAAGCUCAAGUCUCUUGAGAAACCUACAAGCUUUCGUAAACUUGGUCAAGUUCAACGAGCGUUGAGCAUGACUAUGGACGACGCAGCAGAGGCUGCUCUUGCCUUGCUUCACGCAACCCCUUACAAGCAAGAAGAAUUGGCCAACAUCUUGGACAUUGAUAUCCCCACCUUGCACAAGGUGGUGUUGAGUCCAAGCACGAUUGAUCAGGCAGACUUUCUACUCCAGCAACGCGCCGUGCACGUAUUUACCGAAGCGGCCCGAGUUUGGAGUUUUCGUGGCAAGACUACUCUCGAGGUUGGUCUUAAAAUUCCAGAGCGAUUGAAGGAAGCGGUGGUGUGUGUGUGUGUGUGUGUGUGUGUGUGUGUGUGUGUGUGUGUGUGUGUGUGUGUGUGUGUGUGUGUGUGUGUGUGUGUGUGUGUGUGUGUGUGUGUGUGUGUGUGUGUGUGUGUGUGUGUGUGUGUGUGUGUGUGUGUGUGUGUGUCUAAUGAGAUCGCCUUUGAUCUUGGGCGACUGAUGAACGAGAGCCAUGAUAGCUGCCAGCGACUGUACGAGUGCAGCUGUCCAGAGCUCGACGAAUUGACAACACUUUGCCGGAGCGCGGGAGCCUAUGGAUCGCGUCUGACAGGGGCUGGCUGGGGUGGCUGCGCCGUCUCACUGGUUCCCUCUCAUCGUCUUAGCGAGUUUUUGUUGGAAGUGGAUAGCCAAUACUAUGCCAAACGCAAUCUGGGUUCGCGCGUCAAGGGCGCACUCUUUGCAACAGAGCCCGCACAAGGGGCCUUUUAUGUUCGGCUGUAGUCUUGUGUGUCCGAGUCUUUGUUCAAAAUCUUUUAUGCGCGUUGAGUGGUCGAGUGUUUGGCUGGAACGAUGUGAUGGUUUGGUGCUGAUGUCCGAAUGUUUCCACGGGCUUUGCCGUGCCUCUGCUGUAAUUUGCAAUAACACCCACCCACCGCUUUGAGUGACUGGUUUUUCUUUUUCGUUUCUUUUCGUUUCUUUUCUUUUUCUUUUGGUUAUCGUGAUGUGUCUUCAUCAUCAUUCAUUUAGAAGAUUCACAAUCAAAUUUAGUUGAUUGAGGUG